UGUUGUUGUUGUUGUUUUCCUGCUUACUGGGAUUCCCAAUGGCCGCUGACAACAACAGCAGCAACCGGAGCGUCUGCGACGUGUUCGCCGACCAGCGAGCUGCCGUCGCGGUCUUCCCCGUUUUCUACUCUCUGGUCUUCUUGGUCAGCGCGUGCGGCAACGCGUUGAUGCUGGCGGUGAUGUGCCGACGACGGCGCAAGUUCAACUCCACCGCCGUGUACCUGCUCAACUUGGCCUUGUCGGACGGCCUGUUCACGCUGACGCUGCCGGGCAGGAUCGUUUACUACGUCCUGCGCUUCGAUUGGCCCUUCGGUGACCUCCUCUGCAGGAUGAGCACGCUCCUGUUCUUUGCCAACACGUACGCAGGUAUCGGCUUCAUGACCUGCAUCAGUCUGGAUCGCUGCCUGGCGGUGGUGCACCCUCAGCGGCUGCGCCGCAUGCGCCGGCCAAAGGCGGUUCGCCGGGUCUGCUGCUCCGUUUGGGUUCUGGUGUCCGCUCAGGUGGCUCCCUUGCUGUUGCGCAGCACGCUGCGGCACCACGAGGGCAGACGGACCUGCAUGGAGUACUUCGACCUCCGCGGCUCCCGCUGGACGCCGCGCUUCCUGCUCCUGGCCUGCGUGGUCUCCUUCUGUUGCCCGCUGGCCGCCAUCCUGACCUCCUACGCCAGGAUCCACUCCAAGCUGCGGGCGGCGGCCGAGCGCAAGUCUGCGUCGAGAAGGAACCGCCGAGCCAACGGCGUCAUCCUCCUCAUCCUCCUCAGCUUCAUCGUGUGCUUCGGCCCGUACCACCUCAACGUGAUGCAGUUCAUGUGGCGAACGAUGCAGCGGGAGCUCUCCUGCGACGAGCUGAGGGGCUUCAAGGUGUCCUCCCAGAUUACCGUCUCGCUCAUGAAUUUCAACUGCUGCUUGGACCCGCUCAUCUACUUCUUCGCCAUUAAGACGUACAAGAAGCAAAUGUUGAGCCUGUUUCCGCACGGCCUGUGCGCUUCCUCCAGCGCAUCCAAGACAACUGAGAAAAGCAGCAGCAACAGCUGAGAAAAGAAACGGAGCGUCGUCAUCCACCCAUCGAACAAAAGGCCUUUCAUUUCAAUUCUCUUAUAGUUUUGGAGCAUGCUAAUACAGUGGAUCCCCACUAUUCGCGGGCGAUAGGUA